CCGGGCGUUUCACUGCAAGCUGCACAUCAGUAUAGCAUACCUGUAUCGUCUGUACGGGUUUAUAUCAUUCGAUUUUCGGGAUUUUCGUUUUGCCUUGAACCAGAUCUUGAAAAGACCACAUCAUGCCAUUGGUCGUUAUUAGCACAAACAUCAAGAGAUCUUCUAUACCAGAAGGUUUUCUGAAAGGAUUUUCCAAGGUUUACUCCGAGGCUGUAAACAGAGAAGAAAAGAUGAUCAACUGUAGCCUGUAUGCUGACGUUGAGAUGAUACGGAACGGAACCGAUGAGCCAGCUUGCGUCAUCACAAUACGUCACACAAUACCGCAAGACACCGACGGACGACGAGAAACGACCAGAAGGCUGCUAGAGUAUGCGCAGACUCAGUUGAAGCUCACUGAUGAAAAUAUGAAAAGAUUCAGCGUUGUCUUCCUUACACCGAACGAGACGAAAUAGGAACAAGUUCAGGAAUGUUAUGCGACAGAGAUUGAAGACAGAUCAUCGCAGAUGAAC